CAGUGAAGUCAGUUAUAUCGAUUCGCAAUAUUGAGUCAAUACAUUUGGAAAUUAUAGUCCGUAUUCGUAGAACGGUGCCCAAUAUCUUAAGGCACCGAAGAUUUGCAAAAAAACAAUACUAAUUCUUACGACAGAACAUUAGCAAGAUGAGUGAAACGAUGGUUUAUAUAAAUGACGGCGCGUGUCAUCGUUAUGUGUCUAAUACAGUCAAUAUACAGAAACGGAAUUUAAUGGUCAUCGCCAAGUUGGACAAUGGAUUUUUCUAUCCAGGCCACGUCAUCCAACAGUGGGGCAAACCGGAAGAAGCGGAAGUAAAUUUCUACCAGUGGGGUCGGAGGCGUGUUCACCGGAACAACGUUAUUGCUAUUGGCGGAGCUGUGUCCUGCCCGCCACUACAUGUGUGGGACUACGUUUUGACGCGGAUGAGAGUGAUGGGACCGAGCGGUAUGUAUAUGCAGUAUAUGCCGGGAAGAGUCUGCUACGUGCCUCGUCUACCGCCCCUCGAACACAGAUUCUACUCCGUUAGACUUUACAAUGGCAAAGUCGUGGAGAAGAAGCGGAAAUUGCUGGUAAAGAUCGGCAAGUCCCGCUACCUUGGAAUACUCAGCUGUAUCGGACUGGACGGUUACCUGCGGGAAAGGUGCCAAGACGAUAAAUCCUUGGUUUUCCUGAAUGAUGAUGAUGAUGAUGAUGACAAUUAUGAUGAUGAUGAUGAUGAUGACAACGAUUGCGGCAAAAGAGAUAAAGAUGACAGCGAUGAUAGUGAUAGUGAUUCUAAAAAGGAAAACAAAAAAGAACGAAAGAAAAAGGAAGACGACAGCGACAGAGGCAGAAAAAAGAAGAAGGAAAGGAGACAAAGAUCGAAGGAAAAAGAAAAGAAAAUGCACGUGACGAUAAAAGAUGAAAGGCAAAGAUCGAAGGAAAAAGAAAAGAAAAGGCACGUGACGAAGAAAGAUGAAAGGAUUUUCGUAAUCGGAGGAAGUCUUGAACGUAAACCAGAAAAAGAAAAACACUGUUGCACCACCAAAAUUGAAAAGGAAAUCCAGACUAUUGGUGACAGAAUUGAUCAGAACGGAGACAAAAUCGGGCAAGAGAUCCAGACGUCUCGGAUCCAGAUUUCGGAGCAUUUAAUUGCACUAGAGCGACAAAUGGAAAAGAAAACCGAACACAAUGAAGUAAAUGUGCAGAUACUCGAUGCGAAAAUCAAUACAGUUGGUAUGGAAGUGAGGAAGGAAGUACACGUCACUGGUGAAAAGAUUGUAACCGAAAUUAAAGCUCUCGGCAAGAAAUGUUGUGGAAAAAAGACCACGAUUCCACCACCCCCGACACCACCCACACCCCCACCCCCACCCUCACCACCGCCAACAGAUGGUCCUCAAGUUCGCGAUGUGGUAUUGGGAAAAUGGGCGGAUGAUUGCUGGUAUUACUUUGGACGAGUAGUAAGCAGAGAAAAUGAAUCUUUUUGGGUGAAAGAUAGUCUUGGCCAUGAGGAGAAAAUGGACCGUAAUUCCAUUCUUACGGAAGAGGAUCGAAGACGAUCAAUCAAGAACAACGAUUAUGUUAUAGCGCCUCUGCCACGUUACAUAGAAAGUUUUGGCCCGGGCAAAAUUAUAAACGGAGGCAGCGAAAUUGAAUUCUUUAACGGGGAAAUAGCGGAUGUGCGAUGGGACACUACCUAUAAGAUUACCAAAAGAAGAUACGAAAGGGAUGUGAAAGACAUUAAGAAACGAGAGGAAGAUAUACAGGAUAAAAAAGUCCUCGUGCUGAACAAGAAUGCCGGACGAUUUAUACUGACCACGAUAGAAAACCCUUUGGGCAAGGAAUAUUUUAAAACCGCUGAAGGCCGUGAGGAACCUGGAGAAAUUAUUUUGCCACAAAAGCAAGUCUCUGUUUUGGACGCGGACAGAAAGAAGUGGAAGUACGUAGCUGCUCCAAUUAAAGACGGGGAUGAAACGUACUACCUGCCAGCAAGGGUAAACUGGCCCAAAAACAACGGGAAACCGAUUAUCACGUAUUGCAAUGGCACAAGGGAAAGAACCGUUGCUAUAAGUGACUGUCACUAUCUCUACGAGAGGUUAUACAACCUCGGCAUCAAGCUUUACAAGAGAAACAAAUAAAACAUAUUAUAUUAGAUAUGUUGGGCAGAAAUAUUCUCGGCCUUUUUUACAGAAUAAACUUUGAUGCUUGAGACCUGUUUAUACACACAUAUAUAUAUAUAAAGGAUAUAUCAGAUUGAUUUUGACGUUACAUUGAAUACAUGAUUUUCCCAAACUUUAUGGGGUUUUUUGUUUCGUUUAGUUUCUUUUUAUGUUGACAUGGAGAACACAGCAGGAAAAAAAGUCAUGUAAAUUAUGCUUAAAGAAUUCAACAUCAUGUUUUCUUAUUUCAGUUAUUUGUUAUGUAUUUUAGUGAACUACACAAAGUAAAGCAUGUACAUUGUAUAUUCAUGCGUUGUUUAAUAUGCAUUUUUUCGAGAGCCUUAUUAAGAAUACCAACCUUUGUUAUGUUUUUCUUUCCGUUUUACUUAUUGAUAUUGUAUUUCUUAACAAUAUACUACUACUACAUGAUUAUUAUACGAAUAGCUGUUAAUUUCAUUUUUAUAACGCGUUUCAUGUUGCUAGGAUCGUUUGUUUUUGUUGCUAAGACGAUGAUGAAAACAGGCACAAUACAGUAUCAGCUACUUUAGUUGAAAUAAUAUAUACACCUCAAAUUUGACAUUUUUACCUUAACCGUUUUCCAAGGGAAUUAUGCUUAAUGCAUACUUUCCUAUUAAUAUAUAGAGUCUAUUUUAUUGUUGUUGUUUGUUUGUUGUUGUUGUGGGGGGUUUUUGUUGGGUUUAUUUAUAUUAAUUUUAAUUAUUUUUUAUUAUUAUUUUUAUGGGGGUGGGGGAGGGGUAAUAAUGAAACAAUUUUUAAGUCCUUAAAGUAAUAGUUGUAAUUUAACAAGCUACUAGUUAUUAUUUAACAAUGUGAUUAGUGUUUUGUAUUGUUGUGGGAUGCUGUCUCAUUUUAUUAAGGUACAUUUAUAUAUUUGUCAUUCGACAUUUGAAAUUUAUAUCAACCAACUUAAGUGUAGGAAAUCAUUGCGUUGGUGUUGCUACAAGACAAGACAGUAAACUGACAAUGAAUGUAUAUUUCUUUGCCUCGGUUUGUAACUGUGAAACUUUGUUUUUGUUCUUUAACCAGAAGCUUGAUUUUUUGUACAGACAUGCAUCAUACAUCGCCGUAACCAUGGUACUAAAUUUCGUUAUUCUUCAUAACAAAACAUAGCGUAGUAGUUUAUGGGCGGUAUCCGACGAUGACAAACAUACAUGCAGCAAAAAUGUGCCCGUUAGUGUACGCCUUUUUAACAAAAAGCAGGUUAAACUAUAAUGUAUGUUUUAUUUCAUAGUGUUGUUGUGUAUCCUUUUAUUGUACGCAUGUUGCCUAUGUUGGUCUUGGCAAUAACUUGUUGUGGCAGCGUGUGUUAUAGAUUAUGAUUGUGUCAGCAAUAAGUUAUGUCAAACAUAAUUAGUGUGUGCGUGUGAUAUCGAACCCUGGUUUACAUGUAUCAAUUCGGAUCGUUGCUUGCGCCAUAUCGAUCCUCCAAAACUACGAGGGCCUGAUAUUUAACUUAGUGUCACUAAAUAUAAAAAAUAUAUAACUGGACUUGUCUGUGUUGUUCCCUUAACAUUAUUGGUUCAAAGACAAGAAUAACUCUGUUCCUGUGCUAGCGCUAAUGCCAAUUGCGCUGUUCUGUGAUAUGUUUUAUAUUGAGUGACCAAUGCCUGAAUAACCUCAAUAUACCUCACCCUGUUACUUUUACCAAGUGAUUUUUGUUUGAAUAAACAAAUAACAGUUCAAUUAUGCAUCUUUGAAAGGAUGUGUGCUUAUUAGUGCCCUUUUAUUCGGACAAUAAAGUUUUACAAGACGAUUGUCUAAUGGAAUGAGAUGUGCAACUUUUAAUUAACCAGUGUUGUAGGAAUUGGGUUCUAACUGACAUUAUUAUAACUGACUGUAUUGCGCAGUCAUUUACAAUGUUUGCUCAUUUGUUAACUUUGUUUUGUAUAUUUUGUGAAUUACUGCUGACACACAUGAUUGUAUGACUCUAACUUGUUACACUUUGCUUACUUAGUACGAUGUAUUCGGACAAUAAAAGUUAAAAACAA